AAGUAUGGUCCCAUUUGGGAGAUCAUUGAUAGGAGAUGGCAUCAUCAGCUUCAUAGGCCCAUCCAUGCGGCAGCCUAUUAUCUGAAUCCGGCAUUCCGUUUUAUCCCUUCUUUCAAGGCUGAUGUGGAGGUCCUUAAUGGGCUAUAUGCAAUCAUGGAGAAGAUGUGACCUGUUGGUACUUCUCAGAUAGACCUUUUUCGAGAGCUACAGUUGUUCUCAGAUGCACAAGGGGAGAUCUUCUCUCGUCCUGUCGCCAAAGACGGUAGGACAACUAUGAUGCCAGAUCAUUGGUGGAACUUUUUUGGCCCAGAGACACCAAAUAUUCAGAAGUUGGCCAUUCGCAUCUUGAGCCAACCAUGCAGCGCAUCAGGUUGUGAGCGCAAUUGGAGUAUGUUUGAGCACAUACACUCCAAGAGGCGCAAUAGAUUAUCUAUGGAGAAGAUGAAUGAUCUCGUCUUUGUUCACUACAACCUCCACCUGAGAAUGAGAAAGAAUGCAAUAGUUGACAUGUCUCCUAUCAUUCUAGAUGAGGUUGAUCUUGAAGCAGAGUGGGCCAAUGAGAAUCAGACAGCUCCUGGGACUCCUACGGCUGUAUUUAGUGAUGAUGACAUUGAUUGGAUCGACUAGGUAGAUAUAGAGGUUGAGGCUGUAGCCAU